AUAACGCCAGCCAACUUCGCGCUUCCUUACCUCAGCCACCUGGUCUCCAUUAGCAACCCAAGUUCAGGUUCAAUUGUUACGUCCCGUCCCGCCUCCGCAAUCUCUCGUCCUCAACCUCGAAAAACAGCACCUUGUAGUCACCAUCUGGGCAUUUCCUCGCACGACGAUAAUUUCGGUCAUAAAUUUGCCUUAUCGCCGAGUCUACAAAGCACCACUGCGACGGUUAGCAUCUGACAUGUAAUGCCCGCCAUAUUCUAUUCCGGAUUAUCACGACAAUCGCAUUUCGCAAGAAGGCGUGGGCUCGUAGCCGUCGACGAGGGUUAGAUGCGCUUAGCCAAAGUUGAACCUUUGGCUGUUCUCCUGGCUAUUACACCACCAACCGGAUAAGGCGCGCAAAGAUGGCAGAGCGAGUAUCAGCUUUCGUUCGGGUUUCUGGCCCUCCGAAUAGCAGUUUUCUGGUUGGAUACCCCGGCAUUUCGGCAACAUUGCCGCGCAUCGAAGGAAAAGUUGAGAUCAGACCCUCGACGGGUUAUUCCGCACCCGUUGCCAUCUCCUUAGUGCGAAUAUGCCUACAGAGGCGGGAAACAAUCCAUCCUGCCGCCGAAAAUGUCGCGAAACGUCAUCUCGGCACACCUCGACGCGAUACUACCGAUGUCGUUGGGAAGGAACUUUUGUUAUAUCGGUGCGCGACGGGCAGAGAUGCUGAACAGGUUGUGGCGAUGGACCUACCGUUUGUUUUGUUCAUCCCAUUUGGUCGAGGCCAAGAAGAGAUAAACAGAAGGAUACCGCCAGCAUCGUUACAACUUCCCAGUAGAACUGCAGAGACGUACUACGAACUGGUCGUGACCGUCCAACAAGGGCCGAGCGUACAGAAUCGAUACGCAUUCCCCGUACCCCUGCAGCGAUACGAUACCCUAUCGACCUUUGGAAUGUACAAUCGACCAGAGCACAAAGUUGCGACUACAGAUAAUAUCGUUACCCUCGGCAUUUCACUUCCGAGAUGGAGCUACGGACCCAUGGACCCGAUAACGGUGUACAUCAAACUCGCGCCGAAUUUAGACUGGAUGGCGAAGGCGAGAAAAGUUACCAUACAGAAGAUAACGCUCGCGAUCGAAGAAGAGAUUACGUAUAAUCAUGAAGGGGAUGAACCAACCAAGAAGGUCAACAGGUUGCAGAAAUAUACUCAGACCAUCGGAGCGAAAUUACCUGAGGCAGGCUACGUGACGAAUAUGGGGAUCAUAUUUCCUCAUAAGGACCUGAGGGAUGCGAACGGGAUCAUUCGAAGGGGACAACCAGCCUUCCCGAAUUACGAAGUCACGUCAUUCACCACAACAUCUACACUCUACAAGAUCGAGUUCUAUCUAACAAUUAAGGCGCAGUUAACUUCAGCCCGCGAUAUAACUCUGCGACAACCUAUCGUUAUCUGCCCGCUCGACCACCAAGCCUGUAAAGAAGAAAUGGAUGCUAUCGAACAAGCCGCAAAGGAUGCCUCCUCCGUUGACCCGAAUAAUCCCAUGCUACCGGCGAGAAACAUUGUUUUGGCUAGCGACCCUAAUGCUAUGGCAACACUGGGAAUAUGUACAGUGGGGGGACAGAAGAAGCCCUUGAUCGAAUGAACGGCGUUUUUCAUUUAUACGAGCGGAACGGUAUACCUACCAGCCACGAUACGGUUUUACUUGAGGCAUCAUGGCUAGCCGAAUUGAAACAGACAGCGUGCGCUCUUGUAGGUUUCCGCAUGCCCAGCUGCUCCACUGGCUCAAGGGACAGUUGAGGAGAGAUUCUUUUACGCCAAAGCUUACAUGGACCCGAGAGAUCGCAAUUUAUUGUUCGACGUAUUAGGCCGAUCUAAGUACGAACGAGAGUUGAAGCGCUACUACCUAGGAGCAACAUAUAA